CUCUCACACACUGUGAGGUUCACACACACACACACUCGCAGUUUAACUCUCAGAGAGCUGCUGAUGAAGAUGAAGGAGCUGCUCCUCUUCCUCUCCUGUGUCCUCUGUGUCUCUGCUGACCCUCUGCACAGUGACAUUGCUGUCGGUGGCUGUUCAGAGUCUGAUGAAGAGAACAUGUAUGGACUGGAUGGUGAAGAGCUUGCCUACACAGACUUCAACAAAAAGGAGGAAAUCUACCCUCUGCCUCCUUUUAUUGAUCCUAUCACUUAUGGGGAAGAUGCUUAUGAAUCAUCUGUGGCUUUUCAAAAGACCUGCAGAAAGAAUAUGAAGCAAUUUGGUGAAGGCAUGAAGGACUUCCCUCCAGAACAGGAUGUUCCUUCAGCUGUGAUGAUCUACACCAGAGAUGAGGUGGAGUUUGGAGAGAAGAACACUCUGAUCUGUCAUGUGACUGGUUUCUAUCCUGCUCCUGUCAACGUCUCCUGGACCAAGAAUCAGCAGAAGGUCACACAAGGAUCCAGCAUCAAUGUUCCCUAUCUCAACAAAGAUGGGACCUUCACCCAGAUCUCCAGACUGCAGUUCACCCCACAGCUGGGAGACAUCUACAGCUGUGCAGUGCAACAUCUGGCCCUGACACAACCACUGACCAAAAUCUAUGAGGUGGAGGCGUCCGCUCGCUCUGAUCCAGGUGUUGGACCCUCUGUGUUCUGUGGAGUGGGUCUGACUCUCGGUCUGCUCGGUGUGGCUGCUGGAACCUUCUUCCUCGUCAAAGGAAACGAGUGCAGCUGAUUGGCUCACGGUGAUGAUGUCAUCAUAGUUCUACAAUGAGCUCA